AUUAAACGUAAGCUGUCUAUUUGCAAUACUUUGCGUCGUAUGAGAAUGUUCUGAAAAUUAGUUAAGAGGCAAAACUUUAGAAAAGAAUGAAUAACAGUAGAAUCAUCAAGGGAAGUCAUUCAUCAGAUAGUGGACGGUGUUGGGUGAUGUUAUUCUGCUCUUCAGUAAUCCUUUUCCUUGUUUUUGGUGUGCAUUAUACAUUUGGUGUACUGUAUCCAUGCUUGUUGAGAGAAUUUAAGCAAGAGGAGAGUAAAACAGCCAGCGUUGGCUCGUUAUCAUCUGGACUGCUCUUCUUAUCAUCCUUUGCAGCGAUCAAAACAUGUGAAUGGACAAGUGUGACAACAACAUGUAUCAUUGGUUCCCUACUGAGUGGUGCCGGACUAAUAUUAACAUCCAUAGUAAAAGAAUUUGUUUUUCUGUAUUUCGUCUAUGGUGUGUUAUUUGGCGUUGGUUCAAGUUUUUUGUACACUCCCUGUUUUGUUAUGAUCACUAAGUGGUUUUGCAAAUAUCAAACUGUUGCAACUGGUAUCGCCGCUGCGUCCGACACAUUGGGUGGGGUUGUAUUAUCGCCUGUUAUAGAUUAUGUAAUUCAAACAAAUGGGCUACGUGAAACAAUUAAAUCAGCUGGAAUUUUUUACUUAAUAGUGACUUUGUUAUGCUCACUUUCUUAUAAGUUCUUGGACGAUAAAAAUGUCGAGAGAUAUGACUCUGAGCAAGACAGCGUGUUACUGAAACGAUGUAAACUUUCAGAAGAGAAAAAGAAGAACGUUUUACAAACGAAUUUUCAAUUAUGCCGCAAUAGACGUUUUCUGAUGUUUCUACUUGUCAUGAUGGUUACAAAUUUCACCUAUUAUAUUCCAGUUAUCCAUUUGGUCAACUAUGCAGAGCAUUUAGGAAUUUCAUCCACCUCAUCAAGUUAUUUAAUUUCCAUUUGGUCAAUCAGCAGUAUAUGUGGCAGACUGCUUUAUGGCAAGUUCAUCAGUUACCAUCGCAAGUGUAUUUUAUGGGUAUACCAAGUAUCUAUGUGUUUCAGUGGGAUCGUCUCACUAGCUGCAUACUUUUUUACAAACUUUUGGAUGUUGGCUGGCUAUGUUGUAAUUUAUGGACUCUUAGAUGGUUCGUUUAUCGGAUUGCUUAGUCUUUUUACCUUGAAAAUCGUUGGUCUGCAAAAUUUUGCACAAGGUUAUGGAAUCAUGUUAACAAUCAUUGGGUUGCCUAUAGCGUUAGGUCCUCCAAUUAUAGGUUUCAUCAAUGAUCAUAAGCUGUGUCCGCCUGCAUCAAUGUUUCUCUUUAGUGGCUUGCCAUUUGUGUUUGGUUCUAUACUGAUGCUGUUUGUGAUAAAAUGGCAAAAAGAAGAAUCAGUGGUCCAUGAUAAACAUAAAAAAUCAAAUGAAACUGUUUGUUUCGUGUCUGCUGUAUAAAAAACUUUAGUGCGAAAACUAUUACUUUUGUGGCAA